UUUGAUGCCAACGUGGUCUAGAUCUCAUGACCACGUCGGGAUCUAGACUUGACGCCAACACGGUCUAGAUCUCACGACCACGUCGAGCGCUAAAUUUGACGCCAACGCGGUCUAUAUCUCACGACCAUGUCGGGCUCUAAAUUUGAUGCCAACGUUGUCUAGAUAUCACGACCACGUCGGGCUCUAAAUUUGACGCCAACGCGGCCUAGAUCUCACGACCACGUCGAGCUCUUCAACUCGCGACGAGACUAUCUCCUUCUUGGAUACUUAGUAGCUUGGGGCUUAAAACUAUUAUCAUGAGGCCAAGUUCAAAUAACAUUAAUUUUCAUUAAUGAUCUGGCCUUAUAAAGACAGUUAAUGCCUUGCAAAUAAUCAAUGUGGUACAAGAUUAUUUUUUGGGUGUAAACAAAUGCCCUCCAACUACUUAGUGCAUAAAAACUAUGGACUAAGUAGUUGACACCAAUUUGACAACCAAAACACCACAUCAAAACCUCAAAGCUUCUUAUUCCAUUUUGGCUUUCACAAAAAAUUACUCAAACCAAAAUAUACAUUGUUUUUUUUUUCCCGUUACCACUCAUAACCUAUUUGCAAAGUGAGACUUUGAUCUUCAUGUCCAAUUAACACAAGUCUCUAUAGCUCCCCCCUUCUUUCCUUGCUCGGAAAUAGAGUCAUCACCACUGCCUUGCCUCCUCAAGCUUCAUGCGGCAGCACAAGUACUUCCUCUCUCUUUUUCCUCGUCAGUCUCGUCCACGAAUAACUCAUGGCUACCCUUUUUUUUUCCGACCAUGCUAGCCGCUGCCCGUUUCUUCACCUUGUCGAUCUCGGCUGCAAUACUGACCGAGAAGCCUCUCCCCUUUUUUAUUUUUAUUUAUUUAUCUUUCUAUUUUUUUUUACGGGGAUCCCAUCUUCCUUACUUGAAUUGGAGAAGGACUCAAGUGUCCUUGUCCUUAUGGGAUUCUUUUUUCCACCAAAUCCUCUUCCAAAACAAAAAAAGAUCCUCCAAAUCUACUACCCAUGAACUCUAUAAAUAGAGACCACUCCUUCUCAUGCUUUUCAUCUUCACUCACACAAAUCCCCAUAGAGUUCUCAAGAGUGGACGUGGUCUUCAUCAAGCAAAUCAAAGUGAGAGACCAAUCUCACUCCACAUCUAGUGGCCGGCGGCCACCUUUUUUUUCAAAAAAAAAAAUUUCCCCCUUUUUUUAGACGUGACACUCGCCUUCCUCUGGUGUGACUUUGUAGGAUGUCGAACAAAAAGGAAGAAGCUGGCCGAAAGAUACUCGAGGAGGCUACUCGCGUCUAUCAACAAGAGCAUGAUCUCCUCGCCCGAGACAAAGGAGUCUCUAUGCACACCUUGGAGAUUAACAACGACGAUGUUGGUAGAUUAGGUCCUUACCUGAUCCAGGCACGAAGUGGUCCUGUAAGCCAACUUGAUCGCUACCUGCUCGGUCAAGUGAGACUCAUAUCCCUCUGCACCGAAAUUGAAGAGCCAAACUUUGCUCUCUUCAAGGCGGCCUUGUGUUUCUGGUCCACCGCUUCUAACUGCUUCGUCUUCCCAAUUGGAACCAUGACCAUUACCAUCAUGGACGUCACUACUCUAGCCGGUCGUGGUUUCGAGUUAGCAACCACGUCUUGCCUCAAGCUCCCCCAGAAGAUACCGCCCUUCCCACAUAUGUCUUUCCAAGCUUUUCACCAACAGUAUCAGCCUUCGAUGCCAAGUCCCCAGUGACACAAGAAGAGCGUGCAACAUUCAUUCACUUCUGGCUCUACAAGUUCAUCAUCUGCCCUAGCUCCGGUGCACCUCGUCAAUCCUUGAGUGAUCUUCCCAAUAGACUUGUUGCGGGGUGAUGUGAUCGUGACUUUGCAGACUUCAUACUAGCUCAUAUUUACCAUGGUAUGCAUACACUCCACAACAAAUCUCUAUUGAUGCACUACAACUGGUUCUGGCCCUUUAUGGAUUGUGCUCCUAUGGAUCUAUGCAUACUUCCCAGAGAGACGUAGUCAUCUUGACAGUCUAGCAAAAAUUGACCCGGAUGAACUGUCAGAUUCCUAUGGCCACCACUUCAUCACGACCAAAUGAUAGGGCAAAAGCGUAAUGCCUAAAUCCUAUCUCCUAGUAAACCGGAAAGUCCGGGUAUUGUCUCUCGGGGACUGGUACAACCUUAAGUUCUAUCAAUUUUAUAGAGCAAACUAUAGGUGAAAAUGGUUUAAUGAGACUAAUUAUCUAAAAGCAAAAUAAACUAAUUAAGCAAAGUAAAAUGGUCGGGAGAAAUUCAAUGGAGAAAGCUCUGGGAGAAACACCAAGACUCACUACCUACCCUAUCCAGAUUAAUUCACACAUUCCAAUCAAUUUAAUCCAAUUCUCUACAGCCACACGAAUGUGCUAGCUAUCCCUGUCGGGAAUUACUACGCACUAAACAAUUAAAUCAAAUCCUACUAUCGUAGCUGAAUGAAUUAAUUAUUUAGCCUGAAGAUCGAUAUCCUAUUUAAGACCGCAUAGCACCUUAUUUAAUCCACUGUCGCAUCAUAACUUACUAUGUCACAUGAAAUAUGUUCAGUUAUUAGGGUUUCACUGUCGCUAAUAACCUAAUUAACUACAAAUCAAUGUAUUGGUGGCCAGUCAAUAGAAAGCAUUAAGUAAUUUCAUGCAAUAGAGAUUGGAAGAAAAGAAUUAUGAAUCAAUCCAUCAAAUAUAGAAAUAGCUAUAUCCUAUGGUGUUUCCCCCAAAAAUUGGGGUUUAGUUUAUGACGAAAUCAAAAGAUAUAAUCAUGUUCUUAAUUAUCAUGUCAUGAAUCAAAGCAAAGGAAAAAAAAAUACUGAAAUUUUCUUCCCUGCCCUGCACUUGAUCGCCCCGCGCCAGCUGCUUCUCCGCGAUCCCAACUUGCGUUGCGCCGCUGCUUUUCUUCGCCCCAAAAGCAAAUCCAUUCAGAGAAUUUUCCUUCCUUCCAAUUCCUUGUCCCCGUCCCAAUUAAUCCCUACCUCCGGUCCUUCUUUUGCUAUCACUAAUUAAUUGCCCCCUGGUCCAAAUAUCCCUCCCAAUAGUUGCUCCGCCCAUGUUCUCUCCUCAAGGCCCAAAUCCUCCUGGCCCAAACAAUUCCUCCAUCCGCCCAGGCCCAAAGAGAAUUCCAGCCCACAAAAGUCCAGUCCCGGUUCAACUCCUCAGUAAGUUCCGGUCCAAUGUACAUCCAGUCCACUUGAAUUAUUCUAUCCACCAAUGCAAAUUUCUCGUUUCAUUUACCUGAAAUAUAUAAAACAUUUGGCA